AAAUCAUUACUAAAAGUAAUUCCCAAACAGUUGUAUCGAGACUUUAGCGCCGUGAUCAUUGUGCUCAGAAACAUUCCAUUUUUAAAAUGUAUUCCAUUUUUGAAUGUCUGAAUUAAUUUACGACCAGUGACAGUUUUUUUGUGUUUUUUUUUUAUUUUAAAUUUUGACGGACAAAAUGGCGCAAUUUUUGACAGUUUGUUUUUUGUAUGUGGUGACGUUAUUGUACGUUAGUACAAGGAGUAUACAUAAAAGUAAUUCAGAAACGCCGACAUUCGACGAAAAGAAUAGGGAUCAUUGGAAUUUGCAAGCGCAAUGGAUAUUACGAACAAAGUUAGCCAGUCCUCUAAACACGAAGGUUGCAAAGAACGUGAUCCUAUUUCUUGGAGAUGGCAUGAGUAUCACCACACUGGCAGCCACCAGGGUGUACCUCGGCCAGAAGUAUGGACAUCUUGGUGAAGAGCUGAAGCUGAGCUUUGAAGCUUUUCCUUACACAGGAUUAGCAAAGACGUACUGCGUAGACCACAACGUAGCUGACUCCGCAUGCAGUGGCACUGCUUACCUGACUGGAGUGAAGGCCAACAGCGGGACUGUGGGCCUGAGCGCGGCCGUCAAACGUGGGGACUGUAAGGGCCAAAGAGAUGGCAUACAUUCCGUCACGGGCCUCAUGGACUGGGCCCAGAAAGCGGGGAAGGGCACUGGUUUCGUGACCACCACAAGAGUGACGCACGCGACCCCAGCGGCGUCGUAUGCUCACUCAGCAGACAGACGGUGGGAAGCCGAUAGUGACCUGCCGAAGAAAGGGCUGCGCUGUGAGGAUAUAGCCACGCAGCUGGUCAAGGGACAGGUUGGCAGCAAAAUUGAUGUCAUAUUAGGAGGUGGUCGCCGAAACUUCUUCUCCAAAAACCAAAAAGACAUUGAAGGAUACAACGGCUACAGAAGCGACGGAGUAGACUUGAUCAGAGAAUGGAAACUUAAGAAAGAGGCUCUUGGAGUCUCCCCAAAAUACGUGUAUCACAAAGCUGGUCUUCUAAGCCUCGAUGAGAAUCAUUAUAACUCAGUCUUAGGCCUGUUUUCUCCGGACCAUAUGCCUUAUCAUUUGGAAGCGGGAGAUGAUGAUCCUACUCUGAGUGAGAUGACGCAGAAAGCGAUACAGAUUUUGAAGAAGAAAAAGAAUGGUUUCUUCUUGUUUGUUGAAGGAGGAAGAAUAGACACAGCUCACCAUGAAACGAAGACUCGUAAAGCGCUCGAUGAGACGGCUGAAUUCGCUAAAGCGGUUGAAGCUGCUUUAAGAUUAGUGGACUUGCAAGAGACCUUAGUAGUUGUGACCUCAGACCAUAGCCAUACCAUGACGUACAAUGGUUAUAGUAAACGAGGAACUGAUAUAUUGGGACUUGCUAAUAAGAUGAAUGGUUCAGAUAAUAUGCCGUACACCAUCCUGAGCUACGCCAACGGUCCAGGGUACAAACCUGAUGAUCAGCACCAGAAGAGACAUAACUUAGCUUUCGAUAACUUAAGCCACAUAAACUACACGUACCCAGCAUUAGUGCCUAUCGCUCGGGAGACUCACGGAGGUGAAGACGUGGCGGUCUUCGCCAGAGGUCCUUGGGCACAUUUGUUCACUGGCAACUAUGAACAGAACUUCUUACCUCAUGCUAUAGCAUAUGCUGCUUGCAUGGGACCAGGACUUACCAGUUGUAAAUAGCAGCCAGUUCAAUAAUGUACAAAAAAUCAUCAUCAUCCUGCCCUUAUCCCAAUUUUUUAUUUGCAGCAUGUUUUCUUCUUCCAUACUCUUCUGUCUGCCGUCAUCUAAUAAGCAUACAACAUUCUUU